GGGUGCAGGUUGGGCAGGGCAGGGAUGUUUUGGUGAAGGCGGGUUCUUGCAGCAAGCAGCAGGAAUGCAGACCUGCCGGCUAGUCCUCGGGAUGGCUGCAGACCCUGGGUCUGAGCUGCUGUGGGUUGUCCCAGCUGCUGCUUCCAGGGAUUCUCUGGCAGGGAGGUCUGGUGCCAGUGCCCACUCCAUCUGGGAGCACCUUGCCGAAUGUUUCUGGGGCUUUCUUCUGCCCAUGAGAGAGCUUUCUUACCAGCUGAAGUUCUGAAAAUGAAAACUGCCCUCCAGGGGAGAUGAGAUGAGCUCCUCGCGGCUGCCAUUCCACCCUGCUCUGCAGCUUCAACCUGCUGAGAUAGACAGACGGUUGGAAAAGAAGCUGAAGAUCACACAGAAGGAAAGUAGAAAAUCCAAAUCUCCUCCUAAAGUGCCGAUCGUGAUUCAGGACGACAGCGUUCCUUCGGGUCCCCCCCCACAGAUCCGGAUCCUGAAGCGGCCGGCCACCAACGGUGUGCUCAGCAACCCCAACUCGGCCACCAGACCGGCGUUCCCUGUGAAGUCCCUGGCACAGAGGGAGGCAGAGUACGCUGAGGCCAGGAAACGAAUACUGGGCAGCGCCAGCCCCGAAGAGGAGCAGGAGAAACCCAUUCUAGAUAGGCCAACAAGGAUCUCCCAACCGGAGGACGUCAGACAGCCCAAUAAUGUGAUUAGGCAGCCCCUGGGCCCCGAUGGUUCACAAGGCUUCAAACAACGCAGAUAAACGUGGGCACGAGAGGAUGCUGCAGAAAGCAGGGUCAGCCGCCACGGGUCGCACUGCUGUGGCGGACAAAUGGACUUGAGCAAAGGGAACUACCUGGUUUACUUGCACUGUGAUCCCCUUUGCUCUGCCCACUGUGACCUCCAACCCCACGCACUGUGACCUCCCCGCUCCACGCACUGUGAUCGGCAAACUGACGAGGGCUGUCCCCAGUCACUGUAAGCGGAAAGGGGAGGGGAGGGUAAAGGACUCGGACAGGUGCAAAGAGUCAUGUGUGCCACUUUGGUUGAAGCUAGUGCCAGCAAUAAUGUUUGUUGUACUCAGAACCUGGGAUUUAGGGGAAAAAAAAAGAAAUGGGAAGCCUCCCCAGACACGCAUUUUGUCUUCAUCACUUUAAGAGCAAGUUCUGUUUCAGAGGGUAUCUUUUGAUUUUUUUUUUUUCCUUUUGUUUCCUGUUUGUGUAUCGGAUUGACUUUCAAGGGAGUGCAUGGAAAGGGUUUUAACUGUUUAGUUCGUUUUAAUUGAGAGAGGUAGCUAACUGUUUGAAAAGGGAUUUCACUAAAUUCCUGCAACUUUAGUGGUCAGGGUUUGACAAGCUUAGCUUCUUGUUCUGUGUUUCUACCACUGCCAAGCAAAUUGGACUCUGGGACGCCCAGCCUUUCUGCUUGCCAUGGCCUGGGAGCCAGUGGAGUCCAAUGACAAUGGUUUGUGUAUUGCACCCGUUAAAGCUUGGCUAGUGUUUUCUGCUGGCUUGAGGAAAAAACUUUAAAUACAUCUUUUUGUAUUUGGGGAGAAGGGAAUGUCGACAGAUCCCAUGAAAAUGCCUGCUGUGUGGUUACUGCUUGCAGCAGAGCUGAACUGCAAGGAGCUAGGGCUCUGCUGCAUCUGGACGUGCAGGCUAGGAGGAUAAUAGUGCUGUGUGGCUCUGAUUUGCUCCAUGAAAUAAACCCAUGGCGAAGAGCUGUGUUCCGUCCAGCCCACGUUUGUGGCUGACGUAACGGCAGGGAGCGGGACGGCCGCUGCUCCAAAGGUUGAAACCGAAGUGGCUUACAAUGGACUGAAGGCUCUGAUCUCUGUUACGGUACGAGCCGGUGCUGUACCUGAUACACACGCUUCUAGAAAUCACAGACAUCGGGGAACAAAAUGUGCUCGAUCAAGUCCGGAAACCUCCCCAUCGUCGUACACUGUGGGUGAUAACAGCCAGCUUUCUGCUAGACUUCAGGGAACGGGUUGCUCUUGCUGCUCCUGCUCCUGUGAAGAGACAGGAUUUCAGGCAGCUUGCGGGCUGAGAGCUUCCCAGGACGGCAGCGGUGGAGGAGAGCCGCGAGGAACCGGUGUGUGUCACAGGAUGCUAUUGAACGUGGAUGCUUCCCCCGUGCGCGGUGCUGUCUGUCCUAAUGCACGCUAGACAAAGCUGACCUAUCAAUAUUGCUGUCUCCAGGGAUUAGAUGAACACUAAGGCUCUUCUUGGAGGGGAUGUAAUGGCGGGUGACUUCGGGCACGGAGGCGUUUCUGCGUGUCAUGAAGAUCUCGACUGUUCAUUCAGCUGAAAUGGCCGCGGGCCGGCGGAUUGCUGUGUGCUCAGUACCUAGAAAAUUACUGUUGUUGGCUGUCAGAGGAUUAUUCUGUACGGGUGCAGUGUUGCCGGAUGCUUUGUGCUUGGCAGAUUUGAUAAAUGAGCAAACCUGAUGCCUUCUGCCUGAACAGAAGUGACUGUGCCAUGCCACGUUGUAUGGGGAAACUCCCAUCCGGAAAGGCGUGGAUGGAAAUACGGCUUAAAAAAAAAAAGGUAAAAUAAAACUACCUGUGUACAAAAAGAUGGCAUCUGCUAGAAUGUCGGUUGGCUCA